UGAAACCAAACUUUUCUGAGAAAGCAGUAACCACUACGUAUAAUGUCUUAUGCGACAGUUCAAAGAAAAGAUGUACAUGCUGGUAGCGUAGAUGAAAGAAGUUCCGCGAUAAACGAUAAAGAAAAACACGCAAUACACUGGAUCAGAAAGGAUCUACGCUUGCACGACAAUCCUUCUCUUUUGGAAGCAGUGAAAGGAAGCGACACUCUUAGAAUUAUUUAUGUUUUGGACACUAAAGUGGAUCAAAACAUUGGUAUAGGUGCAAACUUAUGGAGGUUCUUGUUGCAGUCAUUGGAAGAUGUCGACGACAGUCUUCGUCAACUUAAUUCCCGCCUUUUUGUAGUGCGAGGUCAGCCCGCAGAUGUCUUCCCUCGCCUGUUUAGGGAAUGGAAUACCUCGCUUCUAACAUUUGAAGAAGAUUCAGAACCAUUUGGAAGAGAAAAGGAUGCAGCAAUUCGACUACUUGCUCAAGAGUCAGGCGUUCAAGUAGCCAUUCGUCGGUCUCACACCUUGUAUGAUCCUCAACUGUAAGUGUUUCUUUUCGAUUUCGACUAAUGCAAAAUCAAUCAUUAAUGUAUAUCAUAGAAGAACCUCAUUUCUGGGUGGCCAUAGAUUAAAUUUAUUCGUUCAAACAGAAUGUUUCUGAGGCUGUCAGUCUGAAUCACGUCGUUAACAAAUGUCACUGGCAUAGAUUGUAAGUAAUUUCACCUCAAUUGAGUGGAUGCAAAUGGUUUCGUUUUUAUCAUUUGUACAAACUCUUGUUUUCUAAGGGCAUAACUGUUAGUACGAAAUGAAAUAACAGAAUUUCAACUAAAUAGGGGUUCCAACCACUGCUUUUAUUCAGUCAUGCCAAAACGCAGACUGCAGACCAUGCAGACUGUGUAGCAUCGCAGACUUUCUUAUAUUUAACCCUUUAAUCUGGUACAACUAUCAUUCUCGCUAAAAAGCCUUAUUUACAGGAGCUUCCAAAAAAUGUAUGUGUCUAUGUUUCAUGUUGAUAGCAAUUUCCUUUUGAAAAUGUGGGGUGCAAGUGCUUGGGCACAAUGCGGAUAUAGUUUUGGUGGGGCAUCCUUGACAUUUUCGUCUUUGCGCACGUAUCACUAGAGUAAUGAUUAAAUAUCGGCUAAGAACAUGGUAAAAUUUGCACUCAACCCUAUGCUACAUUAUGCAUUCAGUUCUUGGAUAGAGAAAACAAUGACAAAAACAACACAUUGCCAUUGGGAAAACAGAUUUGUUUUACAUUAGUACGGGGCUGUACAGAAAUUUUACCAAGAACAUAAUAUAGGAUCCUUUGGACCUUAAUAAGAAAUCAUGUUGCCACAAGUUAUUUGUUUUUUUUUUGGGUGGUACAAAGAAUGAAACGAUCUCUCGGGAUGAGAUGAAUGGGUCAUCCGAUGACGUUUCUUUCCAAGGUCUAACAAAUGGAUGCAACGUACAUGAGGGGCUGAGUGGCUUUGCUGACCAGUUCGGCUUUUGUUCUUGACCCCUCCCCACUUUGUCUGUUAGAUAAAGAAACCUUAUUUCUUCCUAGUUAAGUUUGAUUUUAGCUUGAAACACUUCCUUUACCAUAACGUUCUUUGGGUUGUCUUGCGAAGAUCCUUAUAAUUAUUUGCAUGGUCCACACAGCCUAUUCCUUACCGUUAAAUCAGUGUCACUGUCCAAACAAAGAGCAUCUGUAAUACAGAAAGGAAGAUUUAACACACAAAUAUGACAAUAACUACAAUUCGUUUGAAUACAAAGGCAAAUUUAAUUAAACCUACCCUAGUCAAUCUCUAUCUUUUGUCAUGUGAGGCUAAUUAAAUCUCUAUAUGCUCUUUCAACCUGAGCCUGCAAUUUGUCCAAAUUGUUGCUAGGUAACAUGAGCUCAAAACAUCUCUUGGAAAAUCAUGUCAUGGUGUCCAAAAGAUGGGAACCAUUCUAAUGUUACCAAAAGAGUAAGAAAAAGAUGUACACACCUUGAUCAUAUGCAAAUCAGAGUAAGAAAAAAAGAUAACAAAAAAAUUGCAGUUUGUAUUGUCUGUAGUCUGCAGUCUGCAUUUUAAUGUGUGGGAAUAUUGUCUAGAAGAUGAUCUUCCUACUAUCCAGAGCAGCUAACUGGACCUUGAAAAACCUAGAAAUCAUUGAAUUCAUCAUGAGGUAACCAUUGUUACAAAGUUUUCAUAGUGAACAUUUUCUGUACUUGUCAGGAUCAUAAAAAACAAUGGUGGAACUCCACCUCUUACGUACAAGAAGUUCCUAGCCAUCAUAAGCUCAUUGGGUCCUCCUGAGCACCCUGUCCCAACACUGGAUGUGCAUUUAUUGGGAAGUUGUUCUACCCCUAUCUCUGAUGACCAUGAAGAAAAGUAUGGGGUGCCAUCAUUAGAAGAGCUAGGUCUGGACAUUAGAAAGAUUCAUGCAGCAGUUUGGCAUGGUGGAGAGAAAGAAGCUCUUGUGAGGCUCAACAGACAUUUAGAGAGAAAGGUAUGUGUGUUAUUCAGUAUUAUCUGUAACUCUUAAAGUUAUGAUUACUGAGGCAAAGGAAGGUUUCUUUUAACAGGAGGGUUUACAGUAGGGUCAUGCUAAUAUUUGAAAGCAUAACAGCUCACUCUGUAUUAGAAGCGUUCUCUAUCUCUUAGUUAGCAAUGAUGGUAGUCUAAUAUUUAAAAGUAAUCAACAUUUUUCACUGGUGAAAGAACAAGCCUUGCACCACCUUGUUUCCUCAAAUCAGUCAUAGAACGGUAAUUGUCUUCUGAAAUCGGGUGGUUGGAAACCCUAUCAGCAUGAAUCCUUGGGUCGGCUGCAUGCAAAAAUUACUUGUUACCAUGACUGUUCAACCUUGAUUGGAGCUGAUUGUGUCUUUUAUAGCCCAGUUUUUUUCUAGUGAACACCCUCACCUUGUACCUUUUCACAAGGUGGCAUAUACCCUCCAUUACUAAGCUAAAUCUGGAUGAAAAAAACUUUUUAUUUAGGAUAAAUAAGAUACAAGAUACAAGAAUGUCUUUUCUGCCCCAUUGAAGAUGAAACCAAGCCCACCUUAGCAGCAAAUCCUAGUUUAGGUCAAUUGGGGCCUGCUGUACCACCGACAUACGGCUCUUAUAAUAUUACGUAACCCUUAAACUCCCAAAAGUUACUAUCACCUACAUUUUCUGUAUAACAUCCAUACAUUUUGCAGGAAAUAGGUAAUAAGAAUACCUAGAUUUAUGAGGUGGAAGUUGUUUUCUUUAUCUCACACCAAACUCUCAUGACUAAUUUGCAAGGAAAAUGUGUAGCAGCUAGAGGGGAGAAUUAACAGUCAAAUCUUUGGAGUUGAAGGGGUGAAGUUUUCAGUUAUAGUUUUUGAUUGUAUUCUUGAGAAAAGAGUAGAAUUGAUUUUAAUUGAAUAGUGAGGUAUUUUACUUUCUUUUCUUAAGGCAUGGAUAGCAAGUUUUGAAAAGCCCAAAGUCACCCCAAACAGCCUCUUUCCAAGCCCAACUGGAGUGAGUCCUUAUCUAAGAUUUGGAUGUUUGUCACCGAGGUUGUUCUAUCACAGACUUACAGAACUUUAUAGAAAGGUUAGUUAAUCCAUUUAUAUUGCUAGGACUAAUUUAAGCUUCAAAGCCAAUAUAAAUAAUUUAUGCAAUCCUAACCAUAGGGGCCACCCCACUGUUCAAGCUGGAGAAAGUUUUGUGUCUACUAUGCCUUCCUCAUAGGAAGGCCAGUGGUACUAUGUCACAGUUUGGUGCAAGUUUGCUGGUAAACCUUCCCCCAGCCCCCCUUCCCUAGAUUUUUAGAAAUGGUAGACUGUUGUGAGACACUUGUAACGUGUCUUGUGAUUUACUCUGGUUCAGCCUCCACAUUGGCCAUCAUUGAACAAAUUUUAUUGUUUUUUUUUUUUUUUUUUUUUCAUGUUCAGUUUUGUCAGGUGUAGUUCAAUGUUUUCUCAGUGUCUCAACUCUGGAUUUUGACGCUGAUAUUGAUUUGGACCUAAAAGCUAUGAUAUCAAAUGUUCUGCAUUUUACACUCUUCAUAUCCAACAUAUCCUUUUUAGAAUGAUGUAAAAUGAAAGGCGAAAAUAAAGGGGGGAAAAUAGAAAAAAAAAAGCAGAUGCUGCCAGGGCUGGGACCUUUGACCUUCAGAUUUCUAUCCAUUGUGCAGAGCAUGUGAAGCGUUGAAGUUUUGUAUCGGAAUUUAUUUGAUUGUUAUUUAUACUUGUGCUAUUGAUCUCCUGCCCUGCCACCUACUUGUAAAUUGACCAGUCUACAAACUCUGUUUUAAUCAGGUUCUGCUUUUGUCACAAUUUUGGCAUCAACAAGAGCUUUUCAUUAACUCCUCUGCAUUUUACACUGCCUUUCAUUUGAUUCGAGGCUUUUACCAACAUUUUUUUCCUUUUUCAGGUUAAGAGCAGUGAUCCUCCUAUUUCCUUGUAUGGGCAGCUACUGUGGCGAGAAUUCUUUUUCACUGUGGCUGCAAACAAUCCACAUUUUGACAGAAUGACAACAAAUCCCAUGUGUUUACAAAUACCAUGGAAAAAGAACCCAGAAAACCUGGCAAAAUGGGAAGAGGUAUAUGCACUGUACAUUCUCCGAAGGAAAAACAUAUUAAGUUGAAAUAUUUAUCUAAGAUACUUGGAAAAUAAUUUAAUUCCAAAAUUUAGCAAAAGAAAUGUCUUUGCUUGAAAGUGAGGUGAGAUAUUUUUAAUUGCAAACUCAGAAAACUCUUCCGCAGCAGUUAGUGAAAAGAAGAUUCUGACAGAAAGCAAGGUGUGCUACAUAACUCCACUGCAGCCUUCAUCAAGCCUUUUUACAUUCCUUUACCUAUAUUUUGUAUUUUGUUAAGCCAUUAAUUUAACAUAAGAGAGUGUGUAUGGUUAAAAUAAUAAAAAUUUGGGACAACAAACCAAGCAUAAAAUUUGCACUAAGUGUAUUUUUCUUGAAUGUUUGUACUCAGGGAAGGACAGGCUUCCCUUGGAUUGAUGCCAUCAUGAUACAACUGCAGCAGGAAGGAUGGAUACAUCACUUAGCAAGACAUGCUGUUGGUUGCUUCCUGACAAGAGGAAACCUUUGGAUCAGCUGGGAGGAGGGCAUGAAGGUAAUCAAGUUCUUUGAGGAAAUCUUUUAACAAUCAAAGUAAUUUCUAGAGCACAUUAGACAUGUAAUUUGCUCUUAAGAUCUAUUUCUAAUUCUCCUUACUACCUGCUAUACAAUUCUUAUGAUGUGAGUUUGGAGAAUUUAAUACUGGAUCAAAUAAUGAUUGCCUGUCUGAUAUUGUGUAGUUAGGAGAAAUUGUGACCAUGAAGGCAAAACAGACACUAAAAGUUAUCCAUUUGAAUGGGUAAACCGUUCGUCAUCCAUUCAAAUGCCUAAAAAAAAAUCCCUUCAAAGUGUUCAACAAACUGUUUGGUUUGCAUAUCCAGUGUUCUCCUUUUUAGGCAGUAACCGGUAACAUUUACUGCCUGUAGUAUCUCUUAUUACCAUUUAGAAUUGCUUGGAAUUCUUGAAAAUUUAACAGGUAGAAGGAUUCCUGUACUGGUUUGAAAAUUUAUUUUACCUGUCAUGCUUAAAAUAAGGGAGAACACUGUAUAUCCGUUCAAAAUACAUAAGGAUCCAUUUGAAGUAUUGCAACAUCUGUUUGAACGGUUUUUGCAUCCGUUCGCCAACUAGAAGUGUCUUUCCCAUUUGAACGGUUUGACGUCUGCUCUGUUCAUCCCUUUGAAAGGUGAAAAUUGAACUUGUUGUUUCUCAACAGAUAUUCAGUACAGUGGUUGAAAAAUUGCAAUCCACAUCUAGGUGAUUAAACAAUUAACUCAGCUGUCAUUUUAAACCACGAUGACAAACACCAUUCAUGAGAUAUUCAGUAGUUUCAGACAAUAACUAAAAACGUUAUUUCGAUGAGUAAUUGAAAUAGUCUUUAUUUUCAAUUAUGAGAAUAAGGGCCUUGAAAUUGAAAACAAUGACAAAUGAAAUAAAAACAAUACACAGCAACAUCUCUCGUUCCUUGAUCAAGCCAUACACUCGGAAUGGUUUCCAAAAGCAUUAAGGCAAUUUAUUCAUCUGUAUGAUUGGUAAACCAAUCGUUCAACCAGUGGUAAGGAUUAAUAAUCUGUUUAUCCAUUUUACUCAUCCAUUCGAACAGCUAAGCAAACCAUUUGGAUGGUUAAUCAAACCAUUCAAAUAAUUUAUUCACCCGUUUGAACAGUUUGCCCUUCUGUUUGAAAUUUUUACUCAUGUCUGAAAGGCUGACCAAACCGUUCAAAUAAUUUUUUCACCUGUUCAAAUGGUUAGGCAAACCAUUUAAAUGCUUCAAGGACCGUUCAUGAAACGUUUGUCAUCCAUGCAUUUUUGCUGUUCGAACAGUUUUCCAUAGUGUCUGUUUUGGUUUUCAGGGUCACAAUUAUGUCUCAGUCAAUCAUGGGUAUUAAAUGUGUAAGAAUGUUAAUUCAAACAAGGGUUGUGAAAAAGCAGAAUAAAAAAUGAAACUUUGCAAUGGCACAUGUGCCAGCUUCUCAACCUAUCAGAUUCAAAACUUAAAUGAAUCCCUAUUUUGUAACUCUUGUUUUCCUGUAGUUGAAGCAGUUAACAUGACAUUCAAGGUUUACUUUCCCUAAGUUGUAAAUUUCCUACUAUCUGAUGUUUACUUUUAUUUGGAGGGGUAUAAACUAGGAUAAUAUUCAACAUCACCCCUUGUACUAACUUGAAAAUUGACAAUAAUUUUGAUCAUGGAUUUCAACUUUUUGAAUGAAGGUAUUUGAGAGGUGGCUUCUUGAUGCAGAAUGGAGUUUAAAUGCUGGUAACUGGAUGUGGCUGUCGUGCAGUGCCUUUUUCCAACAGUUCUUCAACUGCAUAUGUCCAGUUGGAUUUGGAAGGAAACUUGAUCCUAAUGGAGAUUUUGUCAGGCUAGUAAUAACCAGUAAUGACUAAAGUAUAAUUUGGAAAUUAUCUAUUUUGAAUCUAAUUUUUCAGAAAGGGGAGAGAAACUAUAUAUUAUGGUCUACAAUGUUACUGUAGUUGUUAAUGAAUGCCUUAUCAUUGCUAUGUAUCCUUGGUUUGCAUGUGAUGUCAUAAAAAUCCAAAAUACAGAAUAACAAGCUAGGGCUAUUACAGUUCUACCUCUGAAAGACAAAAAGAUCUCCUAAACGUCUUGGUAAAGUUUCCAUUUUGAAAAUAGAACCAUUUCUAAUUUCCUAAUGUUUUGACACUCAACAUCUAAAUAGUGGCCUGGAAAGCUGAUACCUAUAUAAAAUGUAAUUUUGUCAUGUGACGUUUUGUUCGCUGAGCAUUAGAAACUUGUGGAAGGGCAAACCUGUAACUUGGGCGAAUUGUUUAUCUAUCAGUCUGCUACAAUAGCUCACUGUCUGGGCAUCAGGCAUUCAAUAGUUUUGAUUUAAGAUUCUGAUUGUGUGAUGGUGCAAAGCAAGGAUUCAUUAAUUUGAUAUAGUAUUGUGUUGUUUUUUUGGUAAUGUGGUUGUUGGUGAAAAUUUGUUUUGUUGGAAAAUGAUUUAAAACAGUUUAAGUUUCAUUUUUUUUUCUUUUCAAUUCACAUCAUUUAGAGAACAGAGAGAACAGAAAGAAAACUGAUUCCUUAAACUGCUUUGAAGAAUUUAAAACCAAAACUUAAAUUUGAACCACAACUAUUAGCAGCUUUGUGUACUCUUAAAUUAUAUUGCCCCCCUUCAAGUUUGAAAUUCCUUACCAAAAAUUGCCUUGAUCAGGCAGUCUUGUCUUACAAUUUUGUGCUUCCAAUCUCAGCUCAGAUUUUAAAUUUUUCUCUGACUCAAGUUGUCAUAUUUUUAAUGGACUCCUACAGGUAUGUCUGUUUUUCUGAUUGCUUGUUUCUUUACCUUAAUUCAGAAGACAUGAUUACUGCUCUAACCAAUCAAUUUUCAUUUUAUGACAACUUGAUUUUCAAAUUUACAUCCACAAUCACAAUUUACUUCUUUGUUUCACAAUCCUUAAGCUUCAAAUUUUUAAGGUUCCAACAAUAUGCUGUUUUAAAAAAGUAGUGGUUAUCAUAACUGUAAGAAUUAAUUAUUAUAGAGUGCUUUUCAGUUGAGUGUCCUUAAAACUAAAACCAAAUUAAUUGCAAGGGCCAAUCAGAAGGAAGGAAAUACCUUAAAGAGCCAAUGAGAACUGAAAGUAAAAUCAGUCAAACUCCCUUAAAAGCACAAGAAAACACAAGUGAUUAAGGCAUGAUCUGUUGUGAGUUUGCAUCUGAUUGGGUGAGAGGGUGAUGCAAGUUUUCAACACCAAUUGCAGAGCAUAGUAAAGCAAAACCAUAGUAACCAUAGGAUUGGUCUGACAAUCAAUUGAAAAUAGCUCUAAUUUUGAUAUUGUAAUAAAUGAUAGUGAUUGUCAUUGCUAAUCUGAUAUAACACCAUUUACUUUGGAUGAAUUGAAUGCUUGUGGAACUGGGCCCAGUUGUUCGAAGGGUGGAUAACACUAUCUGACAGAUAACCUGCUAUCCAGCUGUUAACCCUUUAACUCCCAGAAGUGAUUAACAUAAAACUUCUCCCUACAAUAUCUGUACAUUUUUCAGCAAAUAGGUAAUGAGAACAUUCAAACUCAUCAGGAAGAAGCUGCUAUCUUGAUCUAGCACCAAGUUCUCAUAACUAAUUUACAAGGAAAUGUGUGGCGGUUAGAGGGGAGAAUUAAGAAUCAGAUCUUGGGAGUUAAAGGGUCAACAAAACACACUGCUCUAUCCACAGGAUAGCCAUUUAUCCAGUGGAUACCACAAACUGCUGUUUGAACAACUUGGGCUUGUUCUAAAGAGCACUAUUUUAUGACUCAUUUUCCAGAAAAUACCUUCCAGUCCUGAGAGGGUUCCCGGCAAAAUACAUCCAUGCCCCAUGGACAGCACCAGAAAGUGUACAGAAGGCAGCAAGAUGCAUCAUUGGUGUGGACUACCCUUAUCCAAUGGUAGACCACUCCAAAGUAAGCUGUGCUAAUCUGGAAAAGCUGAGAAACAUCUUUAAAGCACUCUUGUGUUAUAAGGAUUCAAGUAAGUCCCUUAAUUUUACUUACAUAUUCCUAUUAAGAGGUGUUGAUGAUGGAAUCAAUGAUUUACCAAGAUGCAAAGAUCCGUACUUUAAAUGUGACAGUGAGACUGUUCAAUUUUUGCAACACAAUUCAUCAUCAGAACCAAAUUCUUAACCCUUAAACCCCAAGAGUGACUAGCAUCUAAUUUCUCCUUACAAUACCACCACUGAAUCACACAUUUAUGUCAUGAGAAAAAGGGAAAUGAACACCAACUAAACAAACUCUUGAUUAUUUGAUGGAUUCUCCUUGUCAGUACCUUAGUAAAUGUACAGAGAACAGGAUGGAGAAUAUGUCUUGAAUACUUAUGUUAGGGUGCAAAGGGUUAAACAGAAAGGCCUGGUAUGCACAGACUUUCCAUGCUCUCAGAGAUAGCUCUGAGCUUAACUGGAUCAGCUGCCUUUUGACUGGCACCCCUGGCUGUAAUAGUAAAUCUGAGACUUUGAAAGCUUAUGAAAUUGAAAAUGGAGAUUUCAAGGUUGCAAUAAAUUCACUAUGUAAACAAGAUUUUUAAACUUGAGGCUGAUUCACAUUUUCUUUGCCUGGCAGACUUGCUGAUAUUAUUUAGGGGGGUUGGCCAGCAUGAGAGCACAAGGUCACAAUUAUUCCUUCAUAGAGCUUUGCCUAGAAUGUUCUCCAAAUAAGCUUUUUUCCCCCUAUCUCUUGUUUACUAAAAUGCUUCAUCCUCAUUCCUAACAGCUGCUGUAUCUUCAGAGGAGCAAGAUAAUCUACAUGGGCAACAGGAAAAAUUAAAACAGCAAAUGUUUCUCCUGGAAGACAAAGAAAAUGAAUAAUGAUGCCACAUGGAUAACUAGCUUUCAUCUCAUAGGUGAAAUGAAAUAAGAGUAGAGGGAUUCGUAUUGUGAGCGGCACAUAGUUAAUAUAUCAGUGUGUCACUUCUUAAAGACAUUUCAGUGGCAAAAAAGGAGUGCCGUUAAAGGAUUUUAUAGUCCUCGCAAUGCAUUAGAGACAAAAAAUGUAGAAAAUAAUUUCUUUACCAAGGAUACUAAAGGAUUAUUGGAACUUAAAUAAGCUCAGCUAUGUUUUGAGCAAUAUGGAAAUGUUGACCUAAUGCAUUGAACAGAUGCUUGGAAAAAGUUCAGCUUUCUGCAAGAAUUUAUCUCUGCACCUAGUAGAUUUUGAUCAAUGUUAGCAAAGUCUUCACUUAUUAUUUUUAUUAAUUUUUUUUUUUAAAUUUAAAACCAACAUUUGUUACACAAUUAAUGGAGCAACAUGUAGUACAUAUCCAUACCUUAUUUAUCAUCAACAUCUGUUCCUUUUUCCUACACAAAAGCACUGAAAUUGAACACUUCUCAAACAAGAGAUCACAUGAGGGAUAGUAA